GGCGAGCGCCGACGGAGCCAUGAGAGAGUACAAAGUGGUGGUGCUAGGCUCGGGCGGCGUGGGCAAGUCCGCGCUCACCGUGCAGUUCGUGACCGGCUCCUUCAUCGAGAAGUACGACCCCACCAUCGAGGACUUCUACCGCAAGGAGAUCGAGGUGGACUCGUCGCCGUCCGUGCUGGAGAUCCUGGACACGGCCGGCACGGAGCAGUUCGCGUCCAUGCGGGACCUGUACAUCAAGAACGGCCAGGGUUUCAUCCUCGUCUACAGCCUCGUUAACCAGCAGAGCUUCCAGGACAUCAAGCCUAUGCGGGACCAGAUCAUCCGCGUAAAGCGGUACGAGAGAGUGCCCAUGAUCCUGGUGGGCAACAAGGUGGACUUGGAGGGCGAGCGCGAGGUCUCUUACGGCGAGGGCAAGGCCCUGGCCGAGGAGUGGAGCUGCCCCUUCAUGGAGACAUCGGCCAAAAACAAAGCCUCGGUGGACGAGCUGUUUGCCGAGAUCGUGCGGCAGAUGAACUACGCGGCGCAGCCCAACGGAGACGAGGGCUGCUGCUCGGCCUGCGUGAUCCUCUGAGGCGCCCGCGGCUGCCGCGCGCCGGCCGAGCUCUGCGCACAAAAGCCAAACGCACCCGACUCUAAAUGUGAUUUCUCUUCUUGCUUUGAGAUUGGAGACGACUUUGCAUCGGCCGGGGUGUCCCGGGAGCCCGGCUGGCCCCCGUGGCCGUGUCCCCUGCCUCUGCCCCGUGUCCGAGGGGGUGUGCGGUUCUGACCAUCCGAAACCCGAUGGAAAUGUGGCUCUUUGCGGCAUGUACGUUUCUCAUUGAUUUUGGUUGACGCGUUAUUUCCCCAUUGACGCAGCCAUUGGGGCGCUGUAUUGGCAGCUUGACACCGGCAAGCGAAAGUUUCAGCCUGGAAAAAAAAAAAAAAAAAUGGGGUGGGGGAGGAAGAGGACGGGGAGAAGGUUGGAAAGGGGGAGUUUUUUGUUUUUGUUUUUCUGUCCAAAACCGUUUUUCUCGUUCCAAGUUUUAAAUACUCGGAAGGAAGUCCGGGAGAACCAAAUGAAGGAGCAGGAGGAGAGGAAAAAACUUUUGUUUUUUUUCCUCGUUUUCCAGGAGUAGCUGGAAAUUAAGAUCGGGUUCCUUUUCUGCCAGCUUGGAAGGGCAACCCCGUGACUGAUUAUGAUUCUGAGGAUGUCUAUGCAAAGUUGGAUUCUUGUUACAGUGUAUCCAAUCUGAAGUAUUGCACAUCUGAACUGGGACUGUUAACACUGAUGCCAAUACAGUGUGGGGUGCCAGAAUGUGUCUGCUGAUAUUUGUGGAAAAAAAAUCUAUUUUUGUUUACCUACUGUAUCAAAGGGGAGUCUGGGGGAGAACGGUAGUAUUUUUUUUUAUCAGCUGUGAAAAAAAAUGUUACAGAUCUGCACAUUUUUGUGUGUACUGUUGUGUGUGUGUGUGUUUUUAGAUUUAGCUUUUUGUUCUUAUUGGUUGGCAGUAACAGGUUUUGAUGACUAGCUCUUUAAAACACAGUACAAAGACUUCACAAAUGUGAUUCAGGGCCCCCAGCACCCCUGUGUCUGCAGAGUGCCUUCAAAACUCAGCUGUUCCAGCCGGUGCCAACCUGUGAAUUUCCCACCAGAUCCCCUCAAACCACUUCCCCAUUUCCUUUCAGUAAUCUUCCUGAAGGAAUCAGGACAAUAGGGCCCGUUGUUCGGUGAAUUUCUUUAUUAUUUCCAGCUUUUAAGAUGUAAUUCACUUAUUUUGCAAUGGGUUUCUUUUUUCUUUUUUUCUUUUCUUUCUUUUUUUUUUUUUGCUUCAUUUUGUUCCAGUGUUCAGGUAUUUAGCUCCCCUUUUGUAUCAUUUUUUUAAAUUUUUGGUUUUCUGUUAUAGGGUGUUCCUCCAGAAGCAAAGAGCAGAAUUUUGCUGUUGUGAUGUACCAAGAGAAUUCUAACAACUUGUAAUUUUUAAUUCCAGACGUGUUUAAUCAUUGCCUCUUCAUUUUAAGAUUUUUAAUACAAAUGUCAUUUUUAAAGAAA